GUUUAAAUUACUCAACCUAGCUAGCAGGUAUCUCUAUCGACCUGGUUCUCAGUUCCUAAUAUGAAGCAUCUAAUUCUAGUGGUCCUAUGGUUCUGUUGUGCAUCCGCCGAUGUCAACGAACUGCUGUACAAACCUGAACCAUAUUCCGCCUCACCACUGCCUUUAUCAGAUCCCGAGCCAGCCGACGCGAAUCAAUCAGAUCCUCAACCAAUACCGGAACACUUGGAAGCCAGACCGUACAAUGUGCUGUCAAACAGUAUUAACAACGAGCAGCAAUUCCCGGUAACACUGGAACACUUAUACGGAGCAGUCCAGGUUGAGGAACCAGCCGGAGUUCCGUAUGCAUUCGUAAACGAUGAUGUUGAAAUCGUUGACGCCCUGGAGAUUCUGCCACUGGGCAACCCACAAGGUGAAUUGGUGCAGUUUGAGCCAUGGGUCAAAACCGUCCAACUGACAGCUGCUCACGCCGACUACCAGGGACCGUAUCAUUACGAGAAACCCAAACUACAGCUAGAGUAUGGAGCUCCCGAUGCACCGAAGCUUGACGAUGGACCGUCCGGUAUAACGAACGAUUAUCUACCACCACGGCUGACGAGGAAGUCGCUUGCGAAGCGACAAUUGAAAUUAAUCGACAGACGAGUUGCUUAAAGGUUGACAUGAGAUUGGAAUGGAUUAAUGUUCUGUAAUAAUAAAGAUAUUCAUGUUGCGAAGAA